AACGGCUUUUCUAGGUUACAGGCAAAAGGUCGUCAUGCCCAUCAUGUCCUCUCUCAGGUGUCUCUCUAUGUCUACUGUUUAUUGACACAUGUCUACUGUCACUGCUGUUUCCCUGUCAGUCCGAAGCACCGCGCGUUCUCGCCCUACUCGACGACAACGUGGAGAGAUGACAGGAUCGUUGGCCGAGCUGAGGAGCGUCUAGAUAGCCAAGGUCCGAGAUACCCUCGAGCGAAAUCGAUGGCAUAAAUGCGCUCGGCUAUCAGCGUAAUCCUGUCGAGUCCGGUGCCCGACAACAAGAUGUCCCAUCCCGAUUAUGAGCAGACCGCCCACGAUCACGCCGCCCUGCUGCUGUUGCUGCGACCGGUCGGCACGCAGAUCAAGCCGAAGACGGUCAGUAGGUUAUGCGAACGGAUCGUCAAGGCUGGCAGCCGAUUCUCCGUGUCCGACUCCAGCGGCGGCACGCGGGAGAUCCUCGCCCGAUUCGUCCGGGAGCAUCCCGUGGAGAACAACGACUGGGGGGACUUUCAGACGCACCGGCGGCUGCUGGGCCUCAUCACCUUCGGCAGAUACGACAAUCAGACGGAGCUGAACGAGUUGUGCCGGGUGCACGAGACGUUGAAGGUGAAGUACAGCAGCACCCUGUACGACUCGCGUGCCAUCCUCUUCGGGCCCGUCGAAUCGAACGGCCGUCACGAACCACCGCCGGGCUACACCACGCCUGGCAACUUCAAAACGCGGGCGAUAUUCUACGCGGACGAGGCGUGCCCCGAUCUCGAGACGCAGACAGCCGAGUAUCUCAAUUUCCUGUUCUGGAUCCUCGAGUCGAAGAGGCUGGAGCGCUCCCGGGAGAAGAUAGAUCGCGUCUCCCUUCUGCUGGCUCCGUUUGAGAAGAAAGACUUCAUCGGGCUGGACCUCGAGUCCAGAAAUAACAAGAAGAGAUGCGUGGGUCGCAUGACGAAGCAUCUGGGGGAUUUGUGUCUUCAAGCCGGACUUCCAGCCGACGCCCUGAACAAUUACAAUUCCGCCGCCAACAUUCUGCAAGCCGUCAAUGAUUGGCUGUGGCUGGGAGCGGCGUACGAAGGCCUCUGUGCCACUUCUGUCUUGGUUCUUUAUCCCAACAUGUGCCGAAGUCUUCCACUGCAAAGAAACUCUUCCUUGCAAGAAGGAAGUCCAAGUAAACAGAGACGAGGAUCGCAGGCUCUUACAGUUUUGCCAGCUCCGCCCAGUAUAGACAUGGUAAAGGCCAGCAUGCCGCAUAUUUUACUACCUGAGGAAAUAUCUAAGAAAUAUCGUGAGGCUAUAGUACAUUACAGUAAAUACCAAUACGCAGGUAUAAUUGAGACUGAGGCAAGUUUCAAAGCCACGAGAAUCUCAAUAGAACAGAACUGCACCUUGCAAGCCGCAUCAUAUUUGAAUAAUGUUGUAUUGAUUAAUUUGCCACUCAGCGAGCAGGAAAAAAUUGAUCGAUUCACUACAUUAUCAGAUCUAUAUACGAGCUUUGGUUUUGAUAGAAAGGCGUCAUUCUGCUUGCGAUUGGCAGCCACUCGUCAUGUAUCGCAAAAUAAUCCCAAUCCAGACUGGCAACAAUGUUAUAAUUUGAUGCUACAAGCCACAUCUGGAUUUAAAUUAUCCUUGGAUCCCGUUGACAUACCACCAGAUGGACAAAGAGGAUGGCCGGCUAUACAGAUCCAAAUAAUAAAUGAACUUGUUGCCGCUGCAAACCGAAUGGGUAAUCCGGCACUUGCUACGAGGCAUCUGACGUUUUUACUUCAAACAAUGUACAAUCAUCUAACGCUUACCGAACGGAAGGAUAUUGCGCUGCAGUUGCAAAAUGUAUCUCAACAGUGCGAGGGUGCACCAGUCCCCCUUGUUUUAGAUUCUGGUACCGUUAUACCACCGGCUAAUUUGUUAAAUAUACCAAAAACAAAAUCGUUUACUCUGAAAAACAUGCAGCCGCACUUACAGCCUCAAAAGAUAGAAAGGGUAAAGGAAGAUCAUGGUCCAUUUUUAUUUACGCCAAUUAAUUUCGGAUCGUUGGAGCGCAAAAACACUUCGAAGAGCAAAGUCGAUUAUUUGUGGGUGGAAGGAGAUAUCUGUGAGGUGUCGAUGCAGCUCUUAAAUCCUUUACCGUUUGAAUUACACGUGUCUAACAUGAGACUUUUGACAAAUGGCGUGGUAUUUGAAUCGAUACCGGAGAGUAUCAGCCUGCCUGCCGAGUCUGGUCCGAUUGCGGUCACGUUGGCGGGUAGACCCAAGGAGGUUGGAGAUUUAGAGAUACUCGGAUUCAGCACGCACACAUUGGGAGUUAAAUCCAACUGUAGAUUGAGAUACAUGGAGGGUAUGUUGCAUCCUCAAUACACCGUCGAAGUCAUUCCAGCCUUACCGAGAAUCGACGUCGCGACGAGUUUGCCUCAAACUGCCAGCUUGAGUUCCGGCGACAAUAUCGUUACCAGCGCGAGUAUAUCGCUCUACGGCGGUGAGAGCGCCGGGUGUACCGUGACAAUAACGAAUGCUGGGCAGGUGCCUAUUGAAAUGGUCGAGUUAUCAGUACAGUCCGCUUUGGAUGCCGUAACUGAAAGUAAGAUUUUUAAAUGGAGCGAUGAGAAUCUGAUGACACAACUGCCUUUGCAACCUGGCAGCAGCGCGAGUCUUACCUUAUAUCUGUACGCAGCAACGGAUUUUGUAGCACCUUCGAUUAGAAAUGAUGUUACUAGCAGUACCUGCCUUAGUCAACCGAGCAGCCUAAUGUCGCAUUCAGGCCACAGUUCUUUACCGUCUAGGCUUAGUUCUCCGUCUCAUCAUACGAAAAGACAAUCCGAGCUGACCUCUUCCUUCAGAUCGGGAGUAAGCUCGCACUCCGGCCAUUCUUCCUUAGCGAGCACGCGCUUGUCGAAACUUGCAGUACCUUUACACACGUCUAACAUUAUUGAAGGUCAAUUAAGAAUUAAGUACUCAGGAGGUGCAGGCUUGUUAACUGGUUAUUGCAGAAUUUCGUCUGUUUUUGUUACCAUUGAAAUGCUACCCAGUGUGCAGAUUACUAAUUGGGACGUGUUGCCGGCCGAAACACCAUUGCAAUUUUAUCUCGUGCUGGACGUGACAAAUAUGACGAAUCACGAAAUGGAAUUACACUACACGCAAAACAAAUGUAUAUACAUGGAAGGUAAAGAACCGUGUAGAAUUCCCGUUCCAGUCGACCGAUGUCCGCUUAAUAAAUUAUCUCUGCUAAAUGGCGCUGGUGAUACGAGUGAACUCCAGAAAAUAUGUGCCGAACACAUAGCUUCGUUGGUCGAUCUGCGCUGGCAAUUGUUAGGCACCGAGUCAACGGGAAAGGCAACUCUCUCCGGUAUCACUCUAACUCAAGAUAUGUUGGAUCUCGUGAGAAUGAGUCCUCUGCAAUGGGACAUAACGAUCAACGAUAUUAUUGUAAAAGCACAAGAGGAACUGUCGUGCGCUUUGGGUGAAUGCAUCAGCGUUGGUGUGGGAGUGUGCAACGCUCUGGAACAUCCUCUGAGCGAUCUUACGUUGUCCAUUAAUUUCUAUCAGGACCAUCACAACGGAGUGAAUAAUUAUCAAUUGGAAACAAGGUUAUCCAUAGCCGGAGCAAAUAAAGUUAUGCUGCCUACUUUACAGGAAUACGGCAGAGCCUAUCACGAAUGCCGUGUAGUGUUUUUCACUGCUGGUCAGUACAAAAUAGAUAUUCAAUGUAGUAGCAAAGAAUCCGCUCCAAACUCUCCGAUACUUUAUUCGGAGCUUCUAAAUGCAGGGCAUACAUGGCGUUAUAUACCGCCCAUCGAAAUAACUGUCGACGAUUAUUAAUAUCGAUAUAAAUAUAAAUGUAAAUCACUGUCUACACCAGUAAAUUGUAAUAUUUGUAAAAAAAAA